AGCCAAUCAGCGCAGGGCGCCAGCAGAGGAACGACGCGGGCUUUCGGUUUGACAUGGCGGAGACUGUACCCUCAGCGGCCCGGAGCGCGCGGAGCCGUGCGGGCCGGACAAAUGCUGCGGAUUCUCCAGAGAAGGAGGCGGCGGGAGACGACGCGGGUCUGCUCCAGUGCCAGAUGCAGCUGGGGGCCCCGAGACAGGAGGAGAACGCGGAGCUUGUGGCGGAGGCGGAGGCCGUGGCUGCGGGCUGGAUGCUCGACUUCCUCUGCCUGUCUCUGUGCCGAGCCUUCCGCGACGGCCGCUCAGAGGACUUUCGCCGUACUCGUGACAGCGCCGAGGCUAUUAUUCAUGGACUACCCCGUCUUACAGCUUACCAAUUGAAAACUGUGUAUAUAUGUCAGUUUUUGACAAGAGUUGCAGCUGGAAAGUCCCUUGAUGCACAGUUCGAAGUUGAUGAACAGAUUACACCCUUGGAAUCAGCCCUGAUGAUUUGGAACUCAAUUGAAAAGGAACAUGACAGACUGCAUGAGGAAAUACAGAAUUUAAUUAAAAUUCAGGCUGUAGCUGUUUGUAUGGAAUUUGGCAGCUUUAAGGAAGCAGAAGAAGUAUUUGAAAGAAUAUUUGGUGAUCCAGAUUUUCACACGCCUUUAGAAAGAAAAUUACUUAAGAUAAUCUCUCAGAAAAAUGUGUUCCACUCCCUUUUUCAACACUUCAACUUUAACUACAUGAUGGAGAAAAUUCAGACUUACGUGGAUUGUGUGUUAAAUGAAAAAUCGUCAACCUUUCUAAUGAAGGCAGCAACAAAAGUAGUGGAAAGUGAAAAAGCAAGAACACUAGCUUCUGAGGAUACACCAAAUGCUAUCAACCCUGGAACAGAGACUGAAGUUAAUUUGAAUAAAGAAGAAAGUGUUAAUGGCCAACAGUCUACAGAAACUGAAUCUUUAGUGGAUGCAGUAUCCUCAAUAAGGUCUCACAAGAACGCCUUAUAUCAGUUGAAACACAGAAGUGCUCCACCAGAUUUCAGUAGGAAUGAAGCAAGAACAGGAACUCUUCAGUGUGAGAUAACAACAGAAAGAAACAGAAGAACCAGUGGAAGGAAUAAAUUAUGUAUUUCAAAGAAUCAGCCAAACACUCAUGAAAAUCAUGGGCGCAGGAAAAAACAGACAUGGCUUUGGGAAGAAGACAGAAGUUUGAAGUGUGGUGUAAAGAAAUAUGGAGAGGGGAAUUGGGCUAAAAUACUAUCCCAUUAUAAGUUCAACAACCGAACAAGUGUCAUGUUAAAAGACAGAUGGAGAACUAUGAAGAGACUGAGACUGAUUAGCUGAGACACUGAAGGCUGAGUUUGUUUCAGCUUAAUACAAAGAUAAAUACUUGGAUCGCUACAUUUUGUUUACAACUUCCUAGUCAGUAAUGAUAAAUUACUGUGUGUAUUUAAUGUAAAAGUAGUGUGUGUGUGUGUGUGUGUGUGUGUGAGAGAGAGAGAGAGAGAGAGAGAGAGAGAGAGAGAGAGAGAGAGAGAGAGUCAGUGAGUGAGUGAGUGAGUGAGUUACAGGAGAUUUGUGCUAUAAAAGUAAAAGUAUAUGCCAUCUUUAUUUUCUAUAAGAAUCUUUAUUUUUGUGAAAUAUAGGUAUGUUGAACCCUGUCAAAUUCAGUUCCCCAUCCCAUGUUCUGUUUAAUACACAAGUAAGAACCUGAUAAGGUAAAAAGGAUUUAUGACUGUUUCCUGUUUGUUCUAUUCCAUGUCUAUAAACUCACCUAAAUGACACCUAAAGAUAGAGUUUCCUGAAGAAUUGAAUUGGAAUAAUCCUGUGACUUUACUGCUGGAUUUAUGGCUAAUGUACUACUUACUAAAGAUUACUAGAGAGAUGUUCGAAACGACCCAUAAGGUCUAACUAGCCCGACUUGGCUUCUCUCAAAAGUUUCAUUUAAAGGAAGUUGAAUUUUCACCAAAAAUUUAUUCAUUGCAAUAUUUAGUCAAAUACUACUUAAUAAUUAGCAUUUGAGUUUUAUGUGCCAUAUUUAGCGAGUAAAAAUAAGUCUCAACCUAUUGAAAUAUUUUCGAGAAAGUCAGCAUUGUAUAUUUCCUUCAAAGUGUCAUGCAUUGCUUUCCUGUUCUCUUGAACAUGUUCCCUUAUAUAUAAUAAACAGAGUUAGUAAUUGCUGUA